AUGGAGGGGCGUGCGGCUGCGCGGCCAGCGCUGUCCCGGCCAGUCCACCGAGAGACAUGCCCCCGUAGGGAUGGACGUCCCGAUCAUCCGGACCGAGAGCUACGAGGAGGAGACCGGCUCCACGAAGAGGAGGAAGUACGAGUUCCGCGGGAGUCAGAGUCACCGUUGCAGCCUCGUCGCAGUCCGCGAUGGCGACGGCGGGCGGACGGUGAAGUGGUCCUCAGUCCGGGUCCCGAGGAAGCCGUCCAACGUCAACGGGGAUCUGGUGCGAGGACUCGGCAGUCCAGAGCUCUCCCCCGGGCAGAUACCCAAGUCUUCGUCCUGGAGUCACAAGACCGCUUCCACCAAAGAGGUUUCUAG